AUGUGUUUGAAGGGUAUGCUCCUGGCCGCAUGUGUGUGCCCUCUGCGGGCAUCGGCAAAUUCGUAUUCCAGCCCCAUCGAUGGUGGCGUACUCUUCCUGGUGCGAAGCCGCAGGGAGGACACGGAAAUCACCUGCUACGGCUAUCACGAAUUGGAGAAUAGACGUGCAGUGCAAUCCAAGUCGCAGCGUGGAGCAAUUGGAUUCUGUCCUGAAUCCACAGCACACCGCGCACAGCGACCGGACGCGAGAUUACGUUAUUCUGUUUUAGUAAUUCAGGUUUACCUUGCACCAGUUACUUGGUCGGCCUCGAAUAUAAUACGAGCAUACUGUUCAAUGGCUACAACGGAGCUUGAUGGCGACGAACUUGAGCGCGCAUUUGAUGAAGCCGCUUGGGAUGCAGAGGAGAUAACCCAGGAGGAUGUUCCGACAGUGGAAGGUGGUGACAACCCUGCUCGGUCGCAUCGCGCUCCCAUGGCUCUCUUGCACCUACCUCGUGAAAUGCUGUUGCGCGUGCUUUCGCUAGUUCCGGCUACUGGAUUGACCUCGUGCGCAUGCGUCUGCAAGGCGUUAUCGGCUCUGGCCUCGGACGACACUGUUUGGCGUCGACUUUACGUAGCAAGGUGGGGCAAGCCCAAUCAACAAGUCCGGGGCAGCGCACGGUGGAAGCGCGUGUACCUGGACGCGGACAGCGAGGAGUGGGAGGCCACCACACGCAGCAACGGCAGCUGCAACGGCAGCGGCAGCUUCACUAGCGGCGGCAGCAGCAGCAGCAACAGCAGCAGCAGCUACUGCAAUGGCGGUGGCAAUAAUGACGACCCCUUUCUCGGUGCCAUGUUCCUGGAUAUGUUGCGAGCCAAGCGUGACCUGGUACCUGACCGCCGCCUGCUUGAUCGGGCAGCGGAAGUAGACCCCGGGGACAUAGCCGCCAAGGUGGCCGCCUGGCGCCGUGCUCGAGGAUUUCACCAACACGACGGCAGCGGUGCUGGUGCGGAUACCAGCGGCAGCAGUGAUGCACACCCGCCACCGCCGCCGCGACCUGACCUCAGCCACCGCGGCCGCGCUUCACUCAGUUUUACCCGCGUGAACCCCGGCGAAUUGCCUCCCGUCUAUGCGUGUGACCAGACCGGCGAGUUGCUGGUGUGUCCCGUGUCGGGGCAGACGACGGACCGGCUGGUGCAUGAGUGCGAGGAGGGCGAUGGCGAGGAGGAUGACGGUGGACGGUGCGGGGUUGGCGGUGGCGGCAGAGGAGGCGCCGGGGAGGAGGACGCCGGGCUGGGUGUGUUUGGAGGCGGCUUCGGCUCCUUCUUUGCGGCGGGCUACGAGUGCGAGAAUGAAAAGGCUCUCAACAAGUUGUUAGGGUACAAGGCGCUGCAGGUCGUAGGUCGCAACUUCGAUCCUAGCAAUUCGCAGGCAGCUGAUCAUCCUUGGAUGUGGAAGGAGUUAAGAGGUGUGUGCCCUUGGUCAAGUGACUCUAUUGGUGAUAGUGUGCUAUGUGACAAACUAUUGGUGUGGCGCACCGUUAUCAAUCAGCCCGCAGCCUUCUUUAGCAAGGUACUGGUGUUCGAUAUGGAUGAAGUGACGAUGAACCUGUUUAUCGCAUGCUGUGCAAAUAGGACAGCAAAAGCAAGCAAACAGGUGGCGCAGCACUACAAGACAGCAUCCGAGGCGCAGCAGACCCAGAAGCAGCUCAACGACAUGUCACAGCUACUGCCCUACAAGGAGGUCAUCCGCCUGGCAAGGGAGGGGGACCCGCACAAGACCUCCCUCGUCGCCUGCCUCGCUUCUCUCUCCUCCGAGCAGCGAGCGUACCUGGGCGCGGCGCUUACAGGACAGACUAAGUCGGCCAGCCGACGGGGCGCGCACCGCGAUAUCUGCCCCCUCCUCGGGGAUAAGGAGGCAUCUUGGUGGCGUUUGUGUUUUGGCCAAUCUGGACUUGGUGAGGGGGGAAUUCUUGAGGGAGGAAUCGCCCCAGGCGCCUACCCCGGCGGUUGGUACCGCUGCACCACUUGCUUGCUUGCGGUGGCGGGGAUCGGAUCAGUGGCCCUUGGGAGUGUUACGGAGGAACUGGCACAGCUGGCUGUGGCGUUACACGGCAGCGCGGUCGCAGACAGCUCAUCGGUCACCUACGAGUCGAGGCGGCGACGGUGCAGGGCAAAUGCGGAGCCGCGGAGGGCGACGGAGUUCACCCAGGACGCCUGCUGGCAGGUGUUGGGGUUUUUCGGAAUGCUCCGGAGGAGCGAGUUGGCGGCCCUGACAGUGGGCUGCGUUGAGGAGUUGCCGGGAGGGGGUGUAGGGCUGCAGAUCGUACGUAGCAAGACGGACCAGAAGGGAGCGGGGACGUUGGUGUGCCUGGCAGCACUCACCCAGAGCGGCAUCCCCAUUGCUCGCAUACAGCGGCACCUGGAGUGCGUGCGGACGGCCGAGGGUCACUCCCCGCUCUUCGUACGGGGAAUCACUGGGCCGGGUAAGCAGGGCACGGUGUGGCGGCGCGGGGAUUUCACUAGUAGGCUGCAUGUGUUGCUGGGUGAGUUGCAGGGGUACGAGCCGGAGUUGAAGCUAGAUCUCGCUAGGAUAUCGGCCCACAGCUUGCGCAAGGGCGGGGCCACCGCGGCUGCCAAUGCUGGGGUGGGUCUGGAGGAGAUUAAGGCGCACGGGCGGUGGAGGUCUGAUGCGGUGCUGGUCUAUAUCCGCCGGUCCGUUGCGGAAGAUCUCCUGCACACCAACAUUUGGAUCUGCCAUGGCCCUUUUGUACAUACUUUAGCACGCCUGCUGUACGCAUUGUGCUACGAACCCCACGCGCCUGCUCAACAACGCAGCAAUCUCUACUGUUGGUCCUCUUAA